UGUCACCGAGAUAGCGAAUCGUUUAUACAAUGUAAAUUAUUAGCUUAUCCUGUAUGAUGUAGUUGUGUUUAAUGAGUGCCGUGUGUGUGGUGUGCGAACGACCGUGGAGUGAUGUCAGUGGCCGGUGGGAAUGCGAGCGCGGAAGAGAAAAAACCAGGUUAUUGUGAGGAUAGCACGGACAGCGACAAUGACACGGAGAGGAAGAGGCUGCUGCGGAGGAUAUCAACAAGCAAGUGCGUCGGGAGACUACCGGUGGUCAAGGAGGGUUACCUGAUGAAGCAGACGCGCAGCUUCCAGCGAUGGCAGCGCCGGUACUUCAGGCUGCGCGGGCGCACGCUCUACUAUGCCAAGGAGAAGGAGAGCCAACUGUGGGACGAGUACGAGCUAGAGGACGCCACCUUCGCGGAGUGCAGCAUCAACAACGCCAACAACAGCUUUCAGGUCAUAACAGCAAGUCGCUGCCUGGUCCUCUGCGCCGACAGCCGCAACGAGAUGGAGUCGUGGGCCGGAGCACUGCGCGGCGCCUUGCAUCGCGGUGCUGAUGUCGCUGACCUGGUUGCUAGACUGUCUUCUGGAGACCAUCACUGGUAUGCAGCAACCCACGCUCGGCCGACAUUCUGCAACGUAUGCCGGGAACCAUUAGGCGCGCUCGGCACGGCGCACGCGCUGGCCUGUGAGCUGUGCAAGUUCAAAGCGCACAAGCGAUGCGCGUCGCGAGCGCCGCCAUCUUGUAAAUGGAGCACGCUCGCUUCGCUGGGGCCACAUGUCGUUGAAGAUGCUGAUGGGAACAUAAUAAUGCCUCACCAGUGGUUGGAGGGCAACCUUCCCGUGGCCGCUAAGUGUGACGUCUGCGACAAAACCUGCGGCUCCGUGCUCAGAUUACAAGACUUCAGAUGCGUUUGGUGUCGGCGCUGCGUGCACGCCGCGUGCAAGCCGACGUGGCGCGCGUCGUGCUCGCUGGGCCCCGCGCGUGCGUCCGUCGUGCCUCCCACGCGCCUGCACUCUGUGGGGCCCGACGACGCCUGGGUCCCAGACAGGCCGCCCAAUGCUAGUCCUCUUAUUGUGUUCGUUAAUUCUAGAUCAGGUGAUAACCAAGGCGUGAAAUUCCUCCGUCGCUUCAAGCAGCUUCUGAAUCCGGCUCAAGUGUUCGAGCUGAGCGGGGCGGGUCCUCGCUUAGGGCUCCGGCUGUUCAGGCACUUCGCCCCCCUCAGGGUGUUGGUGUGUUCAGGGGAUGGCUCCGUUGGCUGGGUGCUCCAGGAAGUUGAUAAGUUGGAUAUGCACCGUCAAGUGCAGACUGCAGUACUGCCCCUGGGGACUGGCAACGACCUGGCUCGUGUCCUCGGCUGGGGAGCCUCCUGCGAUGACGCAGCCAACCUGCAGGUGCUCAUCGAGCGAUACGAGCGAGCGAGCACUAAGAUGCUGGACAGGUGGUCAAUAAUGACGUUUGAGCGCGCGCUGACAGCCCCGCCGCCGCCUCCCGUGCCGCCUGACUUACUGGAGGAGACCACGCUGCUGAGGAACUUGCAGGAUAUUAUGCAGGCAGGUGAAAUGAGCUGUGCAGCCAGCACUUCGCUCCGCGCGGGUUGCUCUCGCCUGGCCGCGGUGGGCGAGCGCACAGGCGGCGGAGCGGCGCGAGCGGCGCAUCGCUUGCGUCGCGCUGUGUCGCUCUUACUGCACGCUAGGGCCCAUCUUGCGCAUGACCAUGCGAGGUGCAAGUCGUGGGAGCCAGUGGAGACGACGAGCGACAGUGAACCUGAAGCACAACCAGUUGCCGAGAAAGGCAGCAUCGAAAAGACUGAAAAGGAGCAACUAAACUGGGCAGUGCGCGGAUGCGCGCUGGCGGGUCGCGCGGACAGCGUGCGACGCGCGCUGCGCUCGCUACUGCGCACGCUCACGCAGAUCUACCCACAGGGUGUAUCACAAGAAGGAGAUUCUUGUGACACAUGCGAGGGUGCCAGCACUGGAGGUCCGGCGGUGGAAGGAGCAGAGCUCCCCACUGCCACCAGCGCCCCUGACAUGGCGGCGCUGCCUGUGCCCAAGGCUUUCGCUGACAGCCGACGCUCGUCAGCUGCCAGCGCUAUUUCUGCUGCUUCCCUGCAUCCAGAUAACAUUCCAGACGUAGAUGAAGAUAUAGUUAAAUUAAUAAGUUCGAACCCACCGGAAAACUUCACCUUAGACGUGGAUAACAAAGCAGAGCGCAGCAAGACAAGCUCCGCCUCGCCUCAGGACCGGCUCUCGCUGUCAAACCUCUCCUCCUGUGAUACUAGCUCCUGCAAGAACCUCCUGAGGCCAGAACUAGAGCGCACAUAUAAUAGUAGUAGUCUUACGAUACCUAACCUAGUUGUCUCUGACGAUAGCGAUAAGAAAUCGAUAUUACAGGGAGAUACUUAUGAAUCGGACCAAUUGACUAUUAUAGACACUGACAAACCGUAUACUGAUGAUGAACACUUCGAAGUGAGUGCGAGAGCGACGCCGGCGAGCGGAGAGUGUACGCCGGACCGGCGGCUCUCGAGCGUAGACCUGGAGAUUGAAGCGAGCAGUUCCGAGGGGUCCAACAUUAGCGACGACUUUAGUUUAAUAUCGGAAAUUAUUGAUGCUAAACCAGAAGACCUUGAAGAGGCAGGCGGCAUUGGCAUCGGGCACAUAGACUCUCCUGAAGUAUCAGAAACAACUUAUGUAAAUUCUGAAACCUUACACGGAGAAUCUAUCAUGGACGACAUCAGUUCAAUGCUUGGUCAAGAAGUCUUAUUGGCAAUGAUGGGUAAAAAUGGUGAAAACGAAACGUAUACAGAUGAUACAACUCUUUUCACGUCAGACACUGUAUCAGAUAUCGCAAUGGACAGUCGAAACCCAAGUCUCGAGAAAAAUAAUGAAGCAAAACUGAAAUACAUGACCAAAAUUAAAAAACCGAAGGAACCAGAUGCAGAGAAGUUCGGUUUUGAAAACAGAGUAUUCUACAUCGAAAACGCAACGAAAGUAGAGGAGCAAAUUAAGUAUUGUAGUCUCGCGCACUUCGAAGAAGGUAACGAUAUAGCGAGGAAGUCUUUUAAGAAGCAGAUGAGGAAAAGUCUAAAGAAACGCGUCGUUGAAGACGUGAGUUUAAUACAUUUGCUUCCAAAAACUAACGAAGAAACGCUCAGUAUGAAAGGAGCUGAGACACCUUUGACUCCUAACUAUAUGGAACCGCCAAGAUUGAUUUGUGAUGAUCAGAUCAGUGUUCCAGAAUUGGGAGCUUUUCCACAAGUGAGCGUUGUUGUGGAACCUCCGUCGCCAUCACAUAGUGAGGACAAGAAGAGUUUAAAGACUUGCCCAAGCCGUAUGGCAUCAGUCCUUAGUGACAUCUUUGAUCAAGGUACUGAUACUCUAAGCGUGAAUUCUCCUGAGCCAAGUAUAGGCAGUACCAGAGAACGAAGACAGUCAGAUAAUCCGAGGCUCUUGGGACAAACGGACCCUGAAUAUGGGAAAUUCCUGAGUUGUUCUCCCGCUGCUACUAGGAGGAUAUCUUGUGGAAGUCUGUUCAAGCCUGGAGAACCAGAUAAACUAUCAACAUCAGUAUCAUCAAUAUGGGGAGAGGGUGGCGCUUCAGCUAGUCUUGGCACCAAGGAGAGUAAUGAAACUACAAAGAAGCUGCCCAUCAUCAACCCCUUGGUACAGCUGCCAGCCUGGCCCCACGUCACUCAAGGUUUCAUCAGCCAAUGUCUUCUAGCCAACGCUGAUGCCCUAUGUGCAGCCGUCAGUCCUCUAAUGGACCCUGACGAGACUCUUCUAGAAGGUUUCUAUGAAAGAGCUGUAAUGAACAACUAUUUUGGCAUCGGGAUUGACGCGAAGAUCACUUUGGACUUCCAUAAUAAGAGGGAGGAACAUCCAGAGAAGUGUCGCUCGAGGGCACGGAAUUAUAUGUGGUAUGGAGUGCUGGGGUCUAAGGAGUGGGUGAAUAGGACUUAUAGGCAUCUUGGUCAGCGAGUGCAGCUAGAAUGUGAUGGCCAAAGGAUACCUUUACCGGAGCUACAAGGCAUAGUUGUGCUGAACAUACCUUCAUUCAUGGGAGGCACCAACUUCUGGGGAGGAACCAGAGCUGAUGACAUCUUCCUUGCACCUUCUUUUGAUGAUCGGAUACUUGAGGUGGUAGCAGUCUUUGGCUCCGCACAAAUGGCGGCCUCCCGUCUCAUCAACUUACAAAAGCAUCGGAUAGCCCAAUGUCGUGCAGUUCAGAUCAACAUUCUUGGCGAAGAGUGCGUGCCAGUCCAAGUCGAUGGCGAGGCCUGGCUCCAACCGCCAGGGUGUGUCAGGAUCAUACAUAAGAACAGAGCACAGAUGCUCUGCCGGUCCAGAGCGCUUGAAACUAGUCUUAGAACAUGGGACGAGAAGCAGCAACUGAAAGCGCAUGCGUUGGCCGGGUCCGGUACGGGCGGCCCCAGCAGUCCGCGAGUGGCGCUGUCGCCUACGGAGAGCGCUCAACUGCUGGCUUUGUUGGACGAUGUCAAUACGCUUGUUAAACAUGUAAAACUAUCAUGCAUAAGCGAAACGUCAGCGUGCGGCGGGGUAUCACACGGCGUGGCUCUAGCGCGCCGCGUGUCUGCGCACGCAGACGCGCUGCAAGACGCAGACGGCAAGCUGCUGCCUGCUCCUCAAUUACGGAGACUGCUGGCUACACUGGUGGAAAGCUGUCACGAGCUCGUAGAAAGUGGAGGUAUAACGGGAGCGGGCGCAGGCGCAGCCGCGUCACUGCGCGCGCACCUCGCUCGCGCCACGCUACAUGACGGAUACGCAUUCUUGCAUACAGACGAGGUCCAAAAGAAGGGCAGUCGCUGGCUGAGGGGACGGCGAAGCGUUUCCGAAGGACCCACGCCUAGUUACACAGCCGCGCAGGUCCGAUGCUGGGGCGUCAAGGAAGUUCAGAGCUGGCUGGAGUCGCUCCAACUGAGCGAGUAUGCUGACGCCUUCGCGAAGCAUGACGUCACGGGAAGGGAGCUCCUGUCUCUAGCCAGGAGGGAUCUCAAAGAUCUUGGAGUCACGAAGGUAGGCCACGUCAAGAGAAUUCUCCAGGCCGUCAAGGAACUCCAGUGACGACGGCGAGGCCGCUCCGAAGGGGAUGGCCUUGCUUAACUGACAAAUUGAAUCUGAUUUUUCUUCCAUAUAAAAACUUUUUUUUAAUCUAGUUAUAGAUUCUUAUUCUAAAUAGCUCUAUGAGAAAUAUAUGUUAUGGACCAAGUGAUAAAUUGGGCAGUAUACAUAAUGCCCGGUCAUUAUGAAUAAUGCCCAAUAUGA